CCACCGAACACACCAAUGGACACUACCCUCACCCCAACCGACCUCUUCUCCCCCUCCAAAGCCCGCCAGCAACGCGCCCAAGCCCGCGACUGGUCCCACAUCGACAGCUGGCUCGCGUCCAAAUACGCCUGCCGCAGCAUCCCCACCUUCGAGCGCAAUGACGAGACUCUAAAAGCCUUGCGCGCCGUCGCAUUAGCCAACGAGCGCGCUGAUGAGGAACAGCGGCUAUUAGAGAAGGUAGAGCGGGAAGCAUUGGCGGAGCUAGAAUCGGCCCCAGACAACCCCUCCGACACCCUCCUCACCGCCCUAACCACCCACCUCCCCCCCACCGGCGCACACUCCCUCACCGCCCUCGCCACCACCUCCAUCCACCUCAACACCCCCUCCACCGACCCCUCAGCCCUCGCCCACGCCCUCAUAACCCACACCACCACAUCCCACUCCCUAACCACCACCCUGCACCACCUCCGCACCCUCCACACAGCCCUCUCAACCACCCUCUCCGACCUCCGCAACGAGCUCCACGCCCUGCGCGCCCCAGCAUACACCGUCCCCGCCACCCUCCCCCGCCAAACCGCCGACCGCGCGCGCGUGACGAAGCAGCUGCGCGCCAAGCAGCGCGAGUGCGAGACGGCGCUCGCCGAGCUCUCACGAGCUACCACGACGCCGAAGAACGGGCAGGACGACGUCAGGACCGCGGCCGGGCUGGCGGUGUUGGAGGCGCGGGAGCGGGAGCUGCUGGAGCUGCGGGCGCGGGUGGUAGAGUUGGAGGCGCAGGUGCAGGAGUUCCGGGGGUUGCCGAUGGAGAAGGAGGGGGCGCGGCGGGAGGUGAGGAGGGCAGAGGGGGAGCUGGAGGCGCUGCUGAGAAGGCGGGAUGGGAUGUUUGAGGGGUUGGUGGGGUAGGGGAGAGGGUGGGUGAGGGUCCUAGAUAAGCGUAUGUUUGAAGACGAUCGGUACAAGGCAGUUGGGUUGGAGUGAGGACCUAUUUCUAGAAAGGUUUGGUGGAUACCCUUAGGUUACUUGUGGUUAUAACAGUGGCAGCGGCAUGUGCGGCUACAAGUAGAGCAGGAGGGAAUAGCUUUGCAUAUUGGAGAAAAGGUAUCAAGAAGUAACUAUCCUACCCGAAAUCUCGGACCCCCUACACGUGGAAGAAGCCCGCACAAGUUC